AUGGGUUGUGCUGUGGACGCUCUGCAGGACGUGUUCUCGGCCCUGACUUCGACUUCGGGACACCUGAACGCGACCCAGAGUGAGGACAACCUCGAUGACGCAGAAUCACCUCAAGAAGAACCAGAACAAGGCGUUUUUGAAGAACACUCUGCCCACCCUGGUCUUCUCAGUGACCUGGCCAAGAUGGGACCUCAACUCGCGCUGUGGGUCGUGGACGUCGCCGACGGUCGUCUGCCGGUCGAACGAGGUCAUACGAAUGUGUGCGAGGUCAGCCGCCUCCUUCGCCGAGGUCAUGGCUCGCCUGGGUCACUCGCUGUGCACUUGCUCACGAGCACUAUGGCGGGCGCCCUCAGUUCACACAAGUCUUCAAGAGAAAGACUGAAAGAUGCUGGACUGCUAGACGGGACUUCGAGCUGCACUUUUUAGUAACCGAGAUAAAACAGAUGGCAAGUUAUAAAGGGCAUUGGAUAUUUUGUUUCUGUUUUCAUUAAGUUUUGUAAUGGGGGUGUUUAUGGAGUUUGUGUCUACGGUAGUGUGUAUUAGCGUGAUUCUUACUUUUCAUUUUUCUAGGUUUUCUUCUCUUUAUUCAUGUUUGUUUUUUUUUAAUUAUUUAGUUUUAAGUCCCUUUAUUCAUGUAUCAGUUAUGUACAUAUUACUCAUGUAACACUCCAACAAGGAACCAUCAUAAUCCUAUGUUAUACAACUAGGACUCACUUUUUUAAUGCUAAGUAUUAUGAGAUUAAUUCACUUCUGAACUGCAAGCUUUUGUUCAUUAGGAGCCAAUCACUAAGUUUUAUCCGAUGAAAUCAAAAUGAGGUGUUUAUUAUUAUAGAGGAAAUCCCCUUUUGGGUACUGAUGAUACAUUCAUUUGUAAUAAGAAAAGGAAAAGGAAGACCAUCCCUAAUCAAUAACUUCAAGCCAUACAUACACACCAAGCAAGGGCAUUUUCCAGCUUGUGUUGAACUAUUAAUAUCUGACUUUUAUGUAUGAAUUUGGGUGUGGUCUGGAUAUCCAAUUAAGUCAAUUUAUAAGACUUUCUUUUUUAUCCAUUGCUAAAAUGUAACAGAUGGUUUUCCAAUUAAAAUUUGUUUUGUUUAGUUUCCAUCUGACCUCUUCCUAUAUUAGACCUGUCACCACUCUUAAAUAUUCUAGUGAUAGAAAAAAGCAAUAUGAAUGGGAAAAGAUAUUAAAAUAUACUUACUUUAUGUCCCUAUAUAAAUAUCAAUAUAUUAAGAAAUGGAGGGAUGCUUUGCUUUACCCUUGUCAGUGCUAAAAAUACUGAUUUUUAGUUUGCUUACAAUAUGCUUCAUGAAGGAUGACAAUGAAAAUAUGAAAUAAAAAUAU